UGCAUACCCGGAAUGUUUUCGUGGUCGGUCGCGUGUCUCAUGUCUCAUGGCGGAAUUUGUUGCUGUUAGCAUCUAGCUUGCUGGCAGCUCUGUGUUAGGUUCCCUGUGAUGUUUGGAUAAAAAUACACGUUUCAUAUCGCAGAGAUGGCGCUUUCCAUGGAGACGCAGCUGCAGAGCAUCUUUGAAGACGUUGUGAAAACUGAGCUGAUAGAGGAGGCUUUUGCAGGGAUGUUCAUGGACACUCCAGAGGAUGAGAGGACUAAACUGAUCAGCUGUCUUGGAGCAUUUAGACAAUACAUGGGAACCCUGCCGCAGGACUCCCAUGAGAAGUGUGUGCAAUGGAUUGUGCAUUUCAUACACAGUCAGCACAGUCCCAAAAGAAUCUCAUUCCUGUACGACUGUUUAGCGAUGGCAGUGGAGACCAGUUUGUUGCCACCAAGGAUGGUGUGUGUUGCUUUGAUAACCUCGAAGAGUUUUCAGUGGGAAAAGACGCAGCUGUGGGCCUUAACUUUCAAACUGAUCCACAAGAUAAUCGGUGGCGUGGACUACAAGGGGGUUCGUGAUCUGCUGAAAGCUGUACUGGAUAAAAUACAAUCCAUCCCUACGACUGUCAGUUCUGCCAUAGUCCAGCAGCUUCUUGCUGCUAGAGAGGUGGUUGAAUAUAUCCUUGACAGAAACGCCUGCCUCUUGCCUGCAUAUUUCGCUGUUACAGAAAUCAGAAAACUUUAUCCAGAGGGACAACUCUCACACUGGCUUUUAGGCAGUUUGAUCUCAGACUUCGUGGACAGUUUUAGACCUACUGCAAGAAUUAACUCCAUCUGUGGUCGCUGCAGCCUGUUACCUGUGGUGAAUAACAGCGGCGCCAUCUGUAACUCCUGGAAGUUGGACCCCACGACGCUCCGCUUCCACCUGAGAGGAAUGCUGCCGUAUGACAAGGACCUGUUUGAGCCACAAACGGGGCUUCUGCGAUACGUGCUGGAGCAGCCGUACUCCAGAGAGAUGGUGUGCAACAUGCUGGGACUCAACAAGCAGACUCUGAACAUUGCCCAGCAAAAGCAGCGCUGCCCGGUGCUGGAGGAGCAGCUGGUGGACCUGGUGGUGUACGCCAUGGAGCGCUCUGAGACUGAGGAGCACUUUGACGCUGACAUUGGAGGAACGAGCCAGCUGCUGUGGCAGCACCUCUCCUCCCAGCUCAUCUUCUUUGUGCUGUUUCAGUUCGCCGGCUUCCCUCACAUGGUGCUCUCCUUACAUCAGAAGCUUGCAGGCCGAGGCCUAAUAAAAGGGAGGGACCACCUGAUGUGGGUCCUGCUGCAGUUUAUAUCUGGCAGCAUUCAGAAAAAUGCACUGGCUGACUUCCUGCCGGUCAUGAAGCUUUUUGAUCUGCUGUACCCUGAAAAAGAGUGCAUCCAGGUUCCUGACAUUAACAAGCCCCAGUCCACCCACUCCUUUGCCAUGACCUGCAUCUGGAUCCAUCUGAACCGCAAAGCUCAGAAUGACAACUCCAAAUUGCAGAUACCAAUCCCACACUCUCUGAAACUCCACCACGAGUUCCUCCAGCAGUCUCUUCGUAACAAAACCCUGGGCAUGUCCGACUAUAAAAUCGCCCUGCUGUGUAACGCUUAUAGCACCAACUCUGAGUGCUUCACCCUGCCUAUGGGGGUUCUGGUGGAGACCAUUUAUGGAAACGGAUCUGUAAGGAUCAACCUGCCUGGAACCAGCUGCAUGGCGUCGGGAUCCAUCACCCCGCUGCCCAUGAAUCUGUUGGAUUCCAUCACUGUGCAUGCUAAGAUGAGUCUGAUCCACAGCAUCGCCACACGUGUGAUCAAGCUGGCCCACACCAAGUCCAGCCUGGCCUUGGCCCCCGCACUGGUGGAGACAUACAGCCGACUGCUGGUCUACAUGGAGAUCGAGUCACUGGGCAUCAAAGGAUUCAUCAGCCAGCUGUUGCCCAACGUGUUUAAGUCUCACGCGUGGGGAAUCCUGCACACGCUGCUGGAGAUGUUCAGCUACAGGAUGCACCACGUCCAGCCGCACUACAGAAUCCAGCUGCUGAGUCAUCUGCACAGCCUGUCCGCGGUACCGCAGACCAACCAGAACCAGCUGCACCUGUGCGUUGAGAGCACGGCUCUGAGGCUGAUCACAGCUUUGGGGAGUUCAGAGGUACAACCUCAGUUCACCCGCUUCCUCAACGACCCGAAGACGGUUCUGUCAGCUGAAUCGGAGGAGCUGAACCGAGCCUUGAUCCUCACUCUGGCUCGAGCCACACAUGUCACCGACUUUUUCACAGGGUCUGAUUCCAUCCAUGGGACUUGGUGUAAGGACAUCCUCCAGACCAUCAUGAACUUCACACCUCACAACUGGGCCUCACACACUCUGUCCUGCUUCCCUGCUCCGCUGCAGGCGUUCUUUAAACAGAACAACGUUCCUCAGGAGUCUCGUUUCAACCUGAAGAAAAACGUGGAAGAAGAGUACAGGAAGUGGAAGUCGAUGGCCAACGAGAACGACAUCAUCACCCACUUCUCCAUGCAGGGCUCUCCUCCCCUCUUCCUGUGUCUGCUGUGGAAGAUGCUGCUGGAGACCGACCACAUCAACCAGAUAGGCUUCAGGGUGUUGGAGCGAAUUGGAGCUCGCGCUCUGGUGGCUCACGUCCGUACCUUCGCCGACUUCCUCGUUUAUGAAUUUUCAACGUCUGCAGGUGGACAGCAACUCAACAAGUGCAUUGAAAUCCUCAACGACAUGGUCUGGAAGUACAACAUAGUCACGCUGGACAGGCUCAUUCUGUGUCUGGCCAUGAGGAGCCACGAGGGGAACGAGGCUCAGGUGUGCUACUUCAUAAUCCAGCUGCUGCUGCUGAAGCCCAAUGACUUCAGGAACCGAGUGAAUGAUUUUGUGAAGGAGAACGCCCCCGAGCACUGGCUGCAGAGCGACUGGCACAACAAACACAUGAGCUACCACAAGAAAUACCCAGAAAAGUUGCACUUCGAGGGUCUUGCAGAACAAGUAAACCCUCCUAUGCAGCUCCAGCCUCAGUACCUUCCAAUCUACUUUGGCAAUGUGUGCCUGCGCUUCCUGCCUGUCUUUGACAUCGUCAUCCACCGCUUCCUGGAGCUCCUUCCUGUCUCCAAGUCUCUGGAAACCCUGCUGGACCACCUGGGAGGACUGUACAAGUUUCAUGACCGGCCGGUGACCUACCUGUACAACACCCUACACUACUAUGAACGACACCUGAGAGACAGAACCAACCUGAAGAGGAAGCUGGUCCAUGCCAUCAUUUCUUCACUGAAGGAUAAUCGAGCCCCCGGCUGGUGUCUGAGUGAAACCUACCUAAAGUGUGGCAUGAACCCCAGAGAGGAUAACAUUUGGAUCCCUGAUGACACCUACUACUGCAAGCUGAUUGAACGCCUUGUGGACACCAUGGCAGGAAAGUCGCCCGGUCCCUUUCCUAACUGUGACUGGAGAUUUAACGAGUUUCCCAACCCUGCAGCUCACGCCCUGCACGUCACCUGUGUGGAGCUGAUGGCUCUGGCCGUGCCGGGGAAAGAUGUCGGCAACGCUCUGCUCAACGUUGUGUUAAAGAGUCAGCCUCUGGUUCCCAGAGAAAACAUCACCGCUUGGAUGAAUGCAAUUGGACUUGUGAUCACAGCACUUCCUGAGCCCUACUGGGUCGUCCUCCACGACCGCAUCCUGUCUGUGCUCAGCUCCCCGUCUCUGACGUCAGAGGCCGAGUGGGGCGUUCAUCCCUUCGCCUUGCUUGACUUCACUGCCUGCCACCAGAGCUACAGCGAAAUGAACUGCAGCUAUGUGCUAGCGUUAGCGCACGCCAUCUGGCACCACUCAUCCAUCGGACAACUGUCUCUGAUUCCCAAGUUCCUGACAGAGACUCUGAAGCCCAUCGUCCAGACGGAGUUCCAGUUGCUGUACGUGUACCACCUGGUGGGACCGUUCCUGCAGCGCUUCCAGCAGGAGCGGACACGAUGCAUGUUGGAGAUCGGCGUGGCCUUCUACGAGAUGCUGCAGGCUGUUGACCUGCACUCCCAGCAUCUCAGCUUCAUGGACCCAAUCUGUGACUUCCUGUAUCACAUCAAGUACAUGUACACCGGAGACAGUGUGAAGGAGCAGGUGGAGAAAAUCAUCAUGACUUUGCGUCCAGCCAUGAAGCUUCGUCUACGCUUCAUCACACACAGCAGCAUGAUCGAGACCUCCACCUCAGCUGUCAACGCCUCCACAUCCUCCUCCUCCAGCACCCCUCAGCCUCCUCCACCGUCACUCUCCUCCUCCAACACCGCCGCCUCUCCCUCCACCUCCCAGCACACACCUUUGUAAAUAAUCCAAAUCAGACACAUAUUGUUGUUAUGAUUAAUUAAAUGGAUGUUUUCUAAUUAUGUUUUUACUAAACAAAAACCAUUUGAAGCCCUGGUAUUAGAGUCAACAUGAUAUGUUUAUUUGGCUAAAAUUUCAAAAUAAAACUGUUAAAUUAUUGAUAAAAAUCCACAGAAAGUUUGAAUAAACUGAAAAUUCCUAAACAGGAAGUGGAAAUAUCAUCGCAGGAAAGCUAAAAAUAAAACUUAAAUGACUCUGAUGUAUGUUUACGAGUGCCAUGUUAUGUUUGUAACAUUUUUCUUACCGUGAAUGUUUUUAUUUCCUUAUAGACUGAAAUAAUAAAAACUUUUACUAAAAAAAAAUUCUAUAGAAGCAACUGGAUUCAUUGAAAGUCAACAUUUAGCCAAGUAAGUUCUUACAGUCUUUGGAUUUCUCUUGGAAACAUCUUUUCCAGACUUCGCUGCUCGAAUUUGUAUCAUGGCAGGUUUCCACCAGUAGGGGGAGUCCAGAAACUCUUCAUGGUGUCUUUUAUUGUCCUCCGCCAAUAAAUAAUGUGGGGAAAUCUACUUUUGUCCUUGAAUUCAGGGAUUCUGUUUGACUUGUUUCCUUUUAAUCUUGUAAUAAAACCAAAUCUGUGGGAA